AUGGAAAAAUUUCUUGAAUACGAAAAAGAUUUGCCUAAACUCCCUGUUCCUACUCUUAACCAAUCCGUUCAACAAGUAUUGACUGCUUUGAAACCUUUGGUGACUGAAGAAGAAUACGAAGAAUUAUUCGACGAGGCAUCCCAAUUUGUCGCCAAUGAUACUAUUCGUCUUGCCCAAGCGCACUUAGAAGCAGCAGCUGCCAAUGAGCUGGUCAGCUGCUACUUAAACGCCGUGAAUGGUGAAACACAUUCGGGCAUCUAUGGUGAUUUGAAAGGUGACAUUUUACCUCGAAACCCAUACUUGGUUUUGGAGGAGGACCCAUACGCGCAAACCAUCAACCCGCCAAAUCAGGCACAGCGUACUGCGUCUUUGGUCAAUUCUCUGUUGAAGUUUAUUGUUAGUAUGCGGAAUGGAACAUUACAAAGGGACACUACUCCAAAACUGGGCACAGGCCUUACCAUGAACUGCUACCGGAAUUUGUUUGGAACUACUCGUAUUCCUGAUGAUACAGCUGAUACAUUUCAUCAGGUGACCAUACAAAAGUACAGGGAUAUCAAUGACCUGCGUCAUGUGGUAUUCAUUUGUAACAAUCAGUUCUAUACUCUUGAGGUAUUGACCCCUUGCAAAGACCCUGAGGCUGCCUCUAAGCAUGAGAUAUGGUUCAAUGAUGCCGAAUUGGCUUCUAUAGUUCAGACAAUCUUGGAUGAGUCCACCGCCAUUGAUUAUGUUCAAUCUGUCAAUAACGGCAUUGGUUCCAUCACUACUCAAACUUAUUCUCUUUGGAGAUCUGCCCGUGCUGAAUUGAUGCGUUCCAAUUCAUCUGCUAUCCAGGCCAUUGAUAAUGCUUUGUUUGUGAUCGCCUUGGACCACACCAUUGCACCUGUGACCGAGCAAGAGAAAACCAUAGCAAUUUCGCAUGGAACAUCAAUCCUUGCUAAGGGUACCAACAUUCAGGUUGGUUCUUGUGCGCUGCGCUGGUACGACAAGUUGCAAUUGGUAGUCACAACAAAUGCUGUGGCUGGAGUUGUUUGGGAAUCGUCUGCAAUGGAUAGCACUGCAAUUUUGCGGUUCAUUAGUGACAUUUAUACCGACCUGAUUCUUAAGUUGGCUCGUAAUAUCAAUGGUGCUGAGAACACCUUGUUUGAUACAAACAUCCGAUUUGCAUCAGGAAGGGAAGUUGAUUCUAAGCCAGUUCCUCGGAUUUUAGAGUUCAACAAAACACCUGAGCUUCUUAAUCUUGUUCACUUGUCAGAAACAAGACUUACCGACUUGUUGAACCAGCAUGAAUACAAAACCUUGACCAUGAAGCUUGACAGCCACUUGUUGGCCAAGUUGGACAUUCUGGUAGACUCCUUCUUGCAGAUCGGAUUUCAAAUUGCAAACUACGCCUUGUACGGUAGAAUAGCAAACACUCUCGAGCCUAUUACUACUCGUAAAUUCCGCGAUGCUCGCACGGAGCUUAUUGCUGUGCAAAACGAAUUGAUCUCUGGUUUGGUGAAGCUUUUUAUUUCAUCGUCCGACGAGACUCCAAAGUGGUCCGCAUUUAAGCAAUGUUGUGAGAUCCACAAAAACUUGUACCGAGAGGCUAUGGUAGGCAAAGGUUUUGAAAGACAUUUAAGCGCUUUGACAGCAGUUUUGAACAAGCCUCUGGUAGCCCUCGGACUAAACAAAUUGAAUAAACUGAUUGGCCUCAGACCAUUGGACUUGGAUGAAUUACGUUCUGUUCCAGUUCCACUUCUUACCAGUCCCAUUUUGGAGAAAUUAACCAGCCCAGAGCUUAUCAUUUCCAAUUGUGGUAACCCUGCGUUGAGACUCUUUGGAAUUCCUCCUGCCAUUGAUCAAGGUUUUGGAAUUGGCUACAUCAUCCACAAAGAUAGAGUCGUCGUGACUGUCUGCUCCAAGCACCGUCAAACACAACGGUUUUUGGAUACAUUCAAGUCUGUUGUCUAUGGAAUGAAGCAAAUUUUACGUAAUGAAGCUGACGUCUUGAUGGAGGCUGCGGACACAGAACUGCGCAAGCAAGAACUCAAGAAGUUGCGGAUUGAGAAGGAGUUGAAGAAUGUUAACAAAUUGUCAUCUGGAACGAAGCAUCCAAUUGACAUCAGUAUGCGGAACACUCCUACCAAUGGAUCUGCUUCUACAAUCAAUAGGCCAGAUGAUGCAUUGAACAAAACUAAUGGUUCAGGAAACGAAGAAACCAGCGAGGAGGCCAACUACUCAUACCUUGGUGGAUAUGGAUUCUUUGAUGUUGGAGAAAUUGAACACAGGCGUGAAGAAUUAUCUCAAGUGGAAUCUUACAUGAACAGUUACUCACAUUUGCCUUCUAACUUGGCAUCAACAACAAACUCGAAGACCAAUUCCAGACAUCACUCAUCCCUCAAUUUACUGGCCAUGGCCAAGGGAAUUCUGAAUGACUUGAAGCAACGAUUGAGUUUAGGAGAGAGGAUCCGUGAUAAAUUGUCACCAAGCUUAAAUGCAUCAUCAACCAGCUUGAAUGAGGACUUCGGUGACAAUGUCCGUUUACCCGAUAACAAACUUGACAAGCCAAAGAGCGCUAUUGGAAGAGAAAUUGGACAGAACUAA